CCUUGGCAAACUGUAGAAGUGGACAAAACGGAGGGCAGUCAACAUCGACAACACCUAAAAGCCUCGAUGCCCAUAUGCCAAAAUUUCUAAUACCAGCCCGAGACUCACGGCAUCGGACAGCAUGCUUUGCCCUCUAUCGCGCCCUCCUCAAAGAGGCCCCCAAUGUCCCUCUACCUGAUCAACUCAGAGAGGCCUGGGGGCCAGGUAACCCGAUCAAGCACCUAAUCCGACGAGCCUUCCGGCGCAACCGCGCAGACACCAGCCCGCGGAUCGUGUUCCCCGCGCUGAAGGCAGGGUACCAGAUGCUUGCGUUAUUGAAAGCGUCCUCACCCCCGACCCUGCAAUGGGCCCGCAACCUAAACCACGAGUCCAUAAUCACCUUCUUACGCUCGCGGUUGCGCGAGCGCAAUCUCUCCCUCGAGGCUAAGGCUUUACAUCCCCCGAAUAGCCGCAACCCGCCGAAGAUCACAUCCGCGCCUAAGAAGGAGACCGUGCCGUUGUUAGUUAAUGUGACGCCGGAACCUACGCCCGAUAACCCGCACCCGACGCCCGUGUACACGACACCGAACCGGCCGCGGCCGUUGGAGGAGCUUGGCGGGUCCGGGAAGAGGCAUAUACCCCGCCUGGAUAUGGCAUCAGACAUCCCGUUCCUGCGGAUCAAGAAGCCGCAACCGCCGGUGCUGAACCGCGUGCUAACACAGAAGAUCAAGAAGCGCGUGGAGCGAUACGAUAGCCUAGGAAAUUAUUGGGACGAGAUGCUACCCGAUGCAGAGCUCGAGGAUGCGUGGGAGAAGGAUGUGGGUGCGAUGCUGAAGACACAUCGCAUGACUCGCCCUAACGGCGGCGGAAAUGAAAUAAUCUCAGACACUCCCGAGAUAGAUGCGAUAUUCUCCGACUUCUCGAGCGGGAAUACGUUUGGAAAUACGACAAAAAGACACGCUAUCGACUAUUUGCAUAACAAGCUCAACGAAGAGCGAUUGCACGAGAUCGCGCGGGCGGACGCCAUGCGGAAAUUGAUCGAGGAAGAGACGGCCCUGGCUGAGCAGGAGAAAGUACAAAGAAUCCGCAAGAAGCGCGCCAUGAAACAGGAGAGCAAGUUAGCCAGAGCAGAGGGCAGGACGGAUGAAUCGAGUAGCGACCAGUGGGAUAAGCUCGUCGCUGCUAGCGAGGCUGCUAAACGACUAAGAGAGCGAGAGUCGCGCCCGGCUCAGUUCCUAGAAUGAUCAACUAUGGUCUCAUAGAGUGUAGAUGACAU